GGUUCGGGUAGCGGGGACGCGCACGCACCUUGCGCGUCUUCGCCCCUCCUUCGGUUGCCAGGCAACCGGCCCCGGAAGUUGCGGGAGGUGCGUCCGCAGCGGGCGCCGCUAGCCAGCGGAAGAUGGCGGAGGGCGGAGGCCCUGAUCCCGGCGAGCGGGAGAGGAGGUCUUCCGGGCCGCGGCCUCCGAGCGCGCGGGAUUUGCAGUUGGCCUUGGCAGAAUUGUAUGAAGAUGAAGUGAAGUGCAAAUCUUCCAAGUCUAAUAGACCUAAAGCUACAGUCUUCAAGAGCCCACGGACACCACCUCAACGGUUUUACUCAAGUGAACAUGAAUACAGUGGAUUAAAUAUAGUUCGACCUUCAACUGGGAAAAUUGUGAAUGAACUUUUCAAAGAGGCAAGGGAACAUGGGGCUGUCCCUCUGAAUGAAGCCACAAGAGCUUCAAGUGAUGAUAAAUCUAAGUCAUUUACAGGUGGAGGAUACAGAUUGGGUAGUUCUUUUUGUAAGCGGUCUGAAUACAUCUAUGGAGAAAAUCAGCUGCAAGAUGUUCAGAUUUUGCUUAAACUGUGGAGCAAUGGUUUCAGUUUAGAUGAUGGAGAAUUGAGACCUUACAAUGAACCAACAAAUGCUCAAUUUCUGGAGUCUGUUAAGAGAGGAGAGAUUCCCCUGGAGCUUCAGCGCCUUGUUCAUGGUGGCCAAGUGAAUUUGGAUAUGGAGGAUCAUCAGGAUCAAGAAUACAUAAAACCUAGACUGAGGUUCAAGGCUUUUAGUGGAGAAGGGCAAAAACUUGGAAGUUCUAAAAUUAGCGUCAGGAAAUGGCUAAAGAAAGAGAAAGUGUCAGCAGUUAGUACCAGCCUUACACCUGAAAUAGUCAGUACCCCUUCCUCUCCAGAAGAGGAGGAUAAAUCAAUACUUAAUGCAGUUGUUCUUAUUGAUGAUUCAGUGCCAACAACAAAAAUUCAAAUCAGGUUAGCAGAUGGGAGUCGUUUGAUACAAAGAUUCAAUAGUACACACAGGAUCCUGGAUGUCCGGAACUUUAUUGUACAGUCUCGUCCUGAAUUUGCAGCUCUUGACUUUAUUCUUGUGACUUCAUUUCCGAAUAAAGAGCUAACAGAUGAAAGCCUGACACUGCUAGAAGCAGAUAUUCUUAACACUGUGUUACUCCAGCAACUAAAAUAAUAUUGUUCCUGUCCAUGCAGUAGCAUGUGGGAAUAGAUGAUGUGCCAUAUUAAUAAGGACAAUACUUCAGCAUUAAAAACAACCAAAUUAUUUUUAUUAUUUUUACAGAUAAAUUUUGGUUUUAUUGUUAUUCUGUCUUCCAAUCUGAAUAUAGACAAAUUCGGAUUAGGAAUAGACCUUGAGAUAAGUAUGUUUGAGUUUUUAGUUGAAGGACUGGCUUAUGUUGAUAGUUUUUGGAUUUCUAGGCCAAUCAGUUUGUUACAUGCUUAGUGUUAAUGUAACAUUUGUUUGCAGAAAAAAAUGAACAAAACCCCUUUUUGAUAAAUGCAUUUGGUAAAAUUUGCACUAAAGUUUCUUGAUGCAGCAUUGACCAACAGCCAUUAAGAAAUCUUUUGAUCAAAUAAGUUGAAAAUUUGUCUAUAAUAUAUACUGAAACGUGUCUUACUUUGAUUUUGAAAUUGAUCAUACAAUAAUUUCUCCUAUUAAGAUUUUACACAUCCUUUUUACUUACUGAUAUAGAUAUAUUACUACUAUCAGAAACUACAGUUUUGCCUUGUAUUUUACAGAAUUAUGACUGUUGUGAACUUAAACAGAAACACAUAAAGGUCAGCAAUUUCUUUUUUUUUUUUUUUUUUUUUUUGAUACGGAGUUUUGCUCUUGUUGCCCAGGCUGGAGUGUAAUGGCAUAAUUUCUGCUCACCACAACCUCUGCCUCCCAGGUUCAAAAGAUUCUCCUGCCUCAGCCUCCCGAGUAGCUGGGAUUACAGACAUGUGCCACCACGCCUGGCUAAUUUUUGUAUUUUUAGUAGAGACAGCAUUUCUCCAUGUUGAUCAGGCUGGUCUCAAACUCCCAACCUCAGAUGAUCCACCCACCUCAGCCUCCCAAAGUGCUGGGAUUACAGGCAUUAGCCACCACACCCGGCCUAAAGGUCAGCAGUUCUUAAGAAGAUAUGGUAAACGGCAACAACAUUUUAAAAUCAAGUAAUUACAGUUCCUCCCAGAGCUUGCAUUGAUCACAUUCAUUUAUUCAUUCAACACAUUUUUCUAGGAAACUCACUGUAUACACUAAAUACUCUUCUAUGUGCUCAACCUAGAAUGUCUUCUCCAGAACAAGACUAGUGUAGAAAUACAGGAAUGUAAAUUCUGUCAGACAGACUAGAUCUAAAGAAUUACCAGCAUAAGUGUUUGCAUUUCUGCUGAAGCCAGAAGCUUUUCCUUCUUCCCGGACACCAUUUCAUCCUUAGUUAUCACUUCUGGUUAGUUUUCCAUUGCCACCAUAACAAGUUACAAAAUGUGGCUUAAAAUAGCACAAAUUUAUUGUCUUCACAAUUCUAUAGGUUAGGAGUUUCGCAGUGCUAAGAUCAAUUUGUUGGCAGGGUUGCAUUCCUUUAGGAGGCUCUACAGGAGAAUCAUUUCCUUGUCAUUCCACCUUCUAGAGGACAUCCUCAUUCCUUGGCUUGUGGCCUCCUUCUUCCAUCUUAAAAACCAGCGCUGUUUCAUCUCUAUGACCCUUCUGUUACCAUAUAUCUCUGACACCAGCGUGGAGAGGUUCUCUGCAGGACUCAUGAUUAAAUUAGGCCCACUGGAUAAUCUCGGCUUAUCUCCCCGUCUUGAAAUCCAUAGUAACCUUAAUUACAUCUGCAAAAUCUCUUUUACCAUCUAAGGUUACAUACAGGUUUGGAGAUUAGGACAUUAACAUUUUACAUGGAACAUUAUUCUUGCCUACUGCAGUUCCCACCCACCCCCCGCUCCACCCCUGUGUUAAAGAUUCAGAUUCAUCGCAAGUAAAUUUGCGUCACUCAUAGGUGCUCAAAAGUCACAACCCAUAAUUACAGCAUCAACUCUAAAUCCAAAAUCUUAUCUGAGUCUCACCAACUCAAAAGUCUCAAAUCUCACAUUAAAGCCAUCUAAAUUAAGUUUGGGAGAGGAUGUGUGUGAUUUCUGGGACAUAAUUCCAUCUGUGCACUUGUGAACCUAGAAAACAAGUUAUCUGUUCCCAAGUAUGAUGGCAUGACAGGCAGACAAUAAUAGUUAUACACAUUCCUGUUCAAAAAGCAGAAAUUGGGAUGAAAAAAGGAGCCAUUAGCACCAAUCAAUUUACAAAACCAGCCAGGCACCCUCCUUUAAGUUUCAAGGCCUGGGAGUAAUCUUCAGCUCACUGCUGUUCUCUGAGCUUGUUGACUGUCUCAAGAGUCAUCUUUACUUUUUCACAAAAGGUAGCACAAGCUUGCAGCUAUCAGUUUAUCAGUUUGUUUCUUCUUUUAUAUUCUCUAAAGCUUUCUGUUAAAAAUGGUGGUGCUUCUGCUGCUAUAACGUUGUCAAGAAACUUGUGGGUCUCUUACAUAUGUCACGGGGAUGCACUCAUUUAGAUAGGAGGCUCCUCACAUAUCUUUCCUGGAAAAUCCUGUCUCUGUUUUUGGCUUUUUCUGAAAUAGCUGAGAGGAUUUAUGAUUCACACCCUUAAUAUCUUCAAAGAGUCUUGUGUGUGACCUGAUAUUCAGACCUUUUGAUGUUUCUGAAGUAUUAGCUAAAGGUUAUACAGCCAUAUCUUCAUCAGUUUCUCUAGAGAAGGCUGUCCUGACAGUGAAUCUUAGUUUUAGUGGCUUUUGCCAUUUGAAUAGGCCACGAAUUUCCCAAAUCAUCAAGUCCUGGUUUCUUUAUAUUUAACAGUUCUUCUCUCAAUUUAUCUACCUCCUUCCACAUUUUACUGUAAUCAGCAAGAAGACAGCAGGCUGUACCUUCCACAGCUCGCUUGGAAAUAUCCUCAGCUAAAUAUUGAAAUCAUCACUUAAAAGUUCUGCUUUACACAAAACUGCAGGACACAAUUCCACUUAGCUUUUUGCCACUAUGUAACAAGGACUCCUUUCCUCCACUUUUCCAAUAACAUAUUCCUCAUUUUUUACCAACAGUCUAUUCAUGAUGAUUUAGAUAUUCUAUGGCAAUCGGGGUAUUCUCUAUUAUGCUCCUUUCUUCAAGGCCGCCCUAGCAUUAACAUUCCAUAUUUCUACUAACAGUCUGUUUAAGGCAAUUUAGCUUCUUUUCUGGCAUACUCCUCAGAAUUCUUCCAGCCUCUACCUACUGCCCAAUUCCAGAGCCACUUUUCCACUUUUGGGGAUUUGUUACAGCAGCACCCCAGGUACCUAGAAAAGUCUUUUAUGCCUGCUUCUCUGCCAGAUGACUUGAAUAUCCUACUAGAUUUGGAAUUCACCUUUCUCCAAGGUCACUGUUUAUUUCAAAGAGGUGAAUUUACCUGUGCUAGGGUUUUCACACUGGGAGUGCUACCAGAACUACCACAGGAUGAAAGUGGUGAGCCCACCACUGCAGAGAAGUUUUCUCAGUGCCGUAAUAUAGAGGAAUUCUCAAAAUAAGCCCUACACCUUUUCACUUACUGAAAACAACUUGGGUAAUGUAUAACAGCCAGCCCCAUUUCAAAAAGAUUACCAGGGGUAAAACAACUUUUUCAUGGGUCAAAAUCAUCUUCCGAAGAAAGUGAUUUCUUAAAAGAAUUGAACAUUGUAAAUCAAAGGGCAUUGUCCUGUUUUGGAUUAACAAAACAGGAAAAGUAACCAAUCCUUGUAAAAGUAUUUGAAAUUUUCUUGUUUUUAUCAGUUGAGUGCCUAUAGAUGCACACGCAAAAACAACUGCCAUUUUUGUAUAUAAUAGUCUUCCAAGAUAGAGAUUUACAUUAGGAGAGAAUUAAACAUCCAGGAGGGAUAAACAGUAUUUCACGUGUGCUAUGUAGUGUUUUGCUUCAUUGAGAGUCAUUUUCAUGAAUUAUUUUUACUACUGCAGUCAUCUUAAAUUUAUAAUCAUCUCAAAAAAGAUGUCACAAUGAACAGACAACCAUCUGUGAGGUCAGUCAUUUUGCAUGAUGUAUGUAAUCAAAAAGUUUGAAAUGUCUGCUUACUAAUAAAGAAUGUUUUCACUGAAACUUA